CUUCCUAGUGUACAGCAAUGCAGUCAUGUAAUGGCCACAGAAAUAAUGCCAACAUGGAACUGUGGCAAGGACGGGAUCCCUUUCUGCAAAAAUAAGACGGCGAAAAACUUUGAGGACGGUCAUUUCGAAACGUUUUAAUAUAGUUAAUGAUUAUCUACGUGUUGGCUCUAGUAAUGAUUGGUAGGACUAGGGGUGGUCAGGAUACAGCGAACGAGGCAAACAAGAAUUAUGAGGGAGAAGUAAGUAUCUAGCUAGUGCUAGUUUAUUAGUUUGUUGUUCUCACAUCGCGUGUCAUGACUUCCUUCUGCAGCGCUCUGUCAACACCAAUGACUGUGCUCAACACACACACACACACACAACCCUCCGGCGCUCCCUCCCCACCACUCAUUGGCAGUGUUUGAGAACAUCAAAACGACUGCAGGUGACUACCAUCUGACUGAUAACCUUGCAUCAUGAAUAACAACUCAUUAUUAUUUGUAGAUCGGUCAGUCACAGUUUACCCAUGAUAUUGUGGUUAUGAUCCCCUCGAACACGGCCACUGACUUACUCACUCAGCAACAGCCUGCAUCACUCCCUGAUUAUCAGUAGUAGUAGGUCACAGUGAAAUGUAAUACAAAUAAAAGAGAAAUGCCAUUUUCACCCACGAUAUGGUUUUCAAAGGAAAACCGCCGAUAUGGUUUUCAAUGGAAAACCGCCCACAUGGCAACCCUGCUACUGUUUACACUGGGCACAUUAGUAUGCACAAUGUAUCCAUUUAAUUAUCCAGAGUUUUGCUACAUUGGUAUGAAUGACAUUAAAAAGCACUAACAUGUUCGUUAUUUUGAAUUUGGUGAUAAGAUUCGCUCUGUUUCAGUACAUGCGUGUAGGCCUUGAUUCCAUUGGAUUGGAUGUUUGGCCUAGUCAUUUGUAGAUUGUCAGGUUUCAGUUAUUAUUACCAGGUUGCGAAAUGGUAAUAACUAAAGAGAUCUUGCUAAUGAAUCGCAUUCAAUUGAAUGAGUUUGACUUUCUUACGAGAAUGAAUGCUUUCAACUACCCUUUCUAUACCUCCCCAUGAUAUUUAUUUUGCCCUAUAAUUAGGUACUUAAUUAAAUCAAUGUUAAAUAUUAUAUUCUUAUUCAUGAUUCAGCAUUUACGUUUUUAACUGCGGUAUCCCCAACGUUUUCUAUGCAGGUGUAGUGAGAAGCGUGGUUCUCCUGUGUAUCUGGACUGUAUCUGGACUGUAUCAAUGGUGUCGUUAAGCAACAGAGCGCUGGUCUCUGAUAAUGACCUCUUUAGGGAAGGUGUUAGCCUGGUCUCCCUGGGGCUUGUAGAGGGAGAGGGCAGUGAGGGGGGGAGCGAGGGGGGGAGCUUUACUUCCUGUUACAGUCCCGAGGCCGUGGACAUGGGGGCUCGACUCAGCUUCAGCCCUGGAGAGGAGGAGGAUGACGAAGAGGAAGGGGGCCUGCUCCGACUCUAUCUGACCCCCACAGAGGGUCUGCCUGACUUCAGCCCCCGCCUGCCCUCACCCUUCUCUCCCACCAUGGAGGACAUCGAGGAGUUCCUCAGGGAGAAGAUGGAGCUGGUGAGAGAGGGGGUUCUCUUCUCUAGUAAACCCAUAGAGGAGCCAGCUCCCUCCCCUUCCAGCUCCAUGGAACAACCCCUCUCCUCAGGGGGACACAGUGAGCCAGGGACCAGCAAUGCUCUGUCACCCCCCACCCCACAAACACCCAAUUGCCCUCACACCCGAAGCCCAUCCCCCCUCACCCCCUCAGUGUUCCUGGGAGCACCCCUGGUUUUCCAGGUCCAGUCCUUGCCUCUGGCCCAGCCUCACCCCCAGACAGGCUCUCCUCCUGGUGCAUCCAGUGGGCUGAGAUUGGCCCACCUGGUUCUGGGACUCCACGGAGGACAGAAUGUUACCCUGCUGGCCUCACAGGUGCCCUCCACCCUUCUCAACAUAGCCAGCGCGGACGCUCCAGACCAGAAGUACGUGAAGAUUGCCCCUCUACCGAUCACUGUGAGGAUUGCCGGGGGGCUUGUUGGGGCAACAGUCAUUGGAGGUCACAGUGGAGGGGUUGUGGUCAAAUCUGUGGCCCCCCCUAGGGUCAACAGACCCCCUCAUAAAGAGACGCUGAGGGUACACAAAUGUUCUCACCCGGGCUGUGAGAAGAUGUACACCAAGAGCAGCCAUCUGAAGGCCCACUUCCGCAGACACACCGGAGAAAAGCCAUACACCUGCAGCUGGCCUGACUGUGUCUGGAGGUUCUCUCGUUCUGAUGAGCUGUCUCGUCACCGGCGCUCCCACUCCGGGGUCAAGCCCUACGAGUGCUCUCUGUGUGAGAAGAAGUUUGCCCGCAGUGACCACCUCUCCAAACACACCAAGGUGCACCGCAGUCCCCGGCCUGGCAGAAUCGUCAGAACUACCGUCUGACCCAGCCAGCAUCUCGACACAGCAAACCCAGCUCAGCCCAGUCGUGAUCCUGAUGCCACCCGUAACCCCGUUGCAGCACUUGCCCUGGACGGCAGAAUUAUUAGUACCUGCCUCUAGAAUUCAGAGCAGCCUGGUCCCACACCUACACCCUGGCUGUGCCUGCCCAACCCUGCCCAGUCCAACCUCAACCCGACCACAGGCGAACAGACUAAUCAGACUCAUCCACCCAGACCUUCCCCAGGAAGGCCCCGUUAAGGAGUCUGAGUCCUCAUCAGGACACUGGAGCUACAGGAGCAGACCUGGGCCAGAACUUAUAGUAGGGUUCUGAAUCUGAUUCAGACCCUGCUGAGCUCUGCCCUCUUUACCCUCUCCUCUCCUCCUUCCUGCAGCAGAGCAGAUGAGGUCUUGUCCUGGUGCUAGACAGUGAACUAACAGGUAACGGCCAUCUCAAGGAUGUGAUUGUUCAGCUUAAAGCGGAUUUCAGGCCUUUAGGUUAAAUCAAAUCCCCCUGCCACACACACACCUCGCUACCCUUAGCAGAUGACAAGUGUGACAGGCAGCUGCACAAGGUCUAACUCUCAGAAGAUAAUGUUGUAUAUGUCAUUAGAUUGUGUUUAAAAGACUACACUGUCACACAUUCUAUUCUACAUAUUAUAUUGCUCUGUGAAUCUGCUUCAGGAGUUAGACCCUCAAGACAGUUUGAGGUAAAUGCACUGGCCCAGCUCAUUCUAGCCCAUAAUAUGUGCUAUUAGCCCAGUUGAAAGUACUGUGUUGAUAUGUGAGCUGCCAGAUUCUCUCAGAGAACAGGUUUGAGUCUAAAUCUCUUACAUAUCCCCUCCUGCUCCCCAUAGUGCCAACCCUCUGGCCCAAUCACAUCCCCCCCUGACUCUAACGGCCAAUUCAGUACUGUUAUCACCGCUUCCCUGACCUCGUGCCUCUUCCCACUCCCUAAAAGACCUCAGGGGCUGCAGACUAGUGUCUGAUGGUUUUCACCAUGGUGCUUUACUGGUCCAUUAUGUAAUAACUGGUUAGUUAAGAGUCCACUCACAGCCACCUGGUUUGCGUCAGAUGCUGAUUGAAGGCAAGUAACGGAGUGAAAACCAGCAGACACCGCAGCCCACCUGGUCCACACUCUUAAACCUAUAUAGUGUACAGUACUGUACCUGAAAAGGGCAGCUGAUCGUUGUCCAAUCUGUGUCUGUAAAAUAUAACAUUUACAUGUACAGAACAUAUAGAAGCUCCUUUCCAGAAAAACCCUUAGUCAGUACAUUAAGCUAUCCAGUGGUGUCUGUGCUUGGUGAAACUGUGGAAUGUUAUUGAGGGGUCAUCUGAUCAGCCAGACAGGAGUUAAUUAUGAGACUCACUCUUCCAUUAAUGAGUUAACCCAUCACACCUCAUCAAUAUGAGCCCUCUGUUCUCAAGUGCACUUAUGUUAGCAGGUCCAGCAGGAGAGGGUUAAGCAUGGAGAAAAGUUAUAGGUAGCCCAACGGCUAAGGAAUUGGACCUGUUGCUGAAAGGUGUCUGGUUCAAAUCCUGUGGCGGGCACUGGAAAAAUAGGUGUGAAUUGAUCUGGUAACUGAAGGGCUGCUGGAUUCACAUCCUAAAGAUGUUCUUCUACUGUUGGGCCCUUAACCCCACAGCAUGCUUUCCAUCCAGGGGCCCUGCACUGCAGCUUGACCCUGUGCUUGUCUCAACUGUGUGUGAUGUGUGCUGUAAGACAUGGACAAUAAAGUUGUUUUCUAAAUGCUAUGCCAGGGACUGGAGUGCUCUGCUACCAGUAUGUAAGCUGUAGCUCUGGAUUUGAGUGUAAAAUGUGCUUUUCAACAGGCUACUGCACUUAGGAAACCAUAUAGAGAAAACAAUGGACUUUUCAGGGUAGCAGUUUUGGCCCAUAUUCCUUCAGAGAAACCAGAGUGGGUACAUGCUCUUUAAACCCACUUAUAUUGUACUCAAAUUUCCAGUCCAUCACUCACAUUUGCCAUCGAUCCCAGUGAUUCAGAAUUUAUGAUGAGCCAACCUUUAAAAAAAACAAAAACAUUUACCCAUUUGGAUGGGUAAACUCAGAAUGGACCACCAGUAUCACUGGCAAUCAUCAUUAAAUGGUAUCUUGCCAUUACAGAAACAGUUUGUUGUUUUUUAAUAUUGUUUGUGUAUUUCUUUCUUUGGACAUGACUCGUUUGAUUAGAUCACGACCACAUCAACCCACCAAGACAUACGUCUGACCCAGCUGUGUGUCCAUGGCUGAUCGGGUCCCUCUGAUUCAGUCCUAUUGUACAUUUUCCCCUUUCUGCCUUACUUUUAACCAUAGGUCGCUCUCUCCCAGUAACUCUAACUACUGUAAUAAUUCAGUUCUGCUGAAAUACACGUUAAAAAAAUAAUUGAAUUCCAGAAAUGCUAUUUUCCUAUGUAUGAGAAUAAAGGAUAAGAAAAUGUAAA